AAAUAAAAUAAAAUGAUAAAUAGGAGAAGAAAUUAGUAGCCCUAGCCAAAAAGAAGAAAUUAGUUGCUUGAUGCUCACGUCGUCUCUGUAGGUAGCUUCAAUUCAAACCCUAGACGACCGUUAGAAGGCAGAAUAUCACCGACUACACGUCUUCAAAACCCUAAGCCACCCAACACACACGCACUCAUACACUAGCUUGUUUGCGUUCACCACUGAUUCUCCGCAACAAGUUCGAAAUCAUGAAAAGGAAGGCCGAAGAAGAAGAGCUGGGGAGGUUGUGGGGCGACGGCGAGGAGUGGGAGAGAGGAGAUUUGCUCGGAGAAGGCUGUUUCGGGUCGGUUUUUCUUGCCUUUUCCAAGAAAAACAAACCCAUUGUUAGUGCUCGUCCACCACUGCCUCCGGUCAUGGCUGUCAAAUCUGCUGAGCUUUCCCAUUCCGAGUCGAUUCAGCACGAGACGGAGGUUCUCAGCGAAGUAAAAGGCUCCGCUUUUGUGAUUGAUUGCUUGGGUGAAGAAAUCACAACCAGUGAGGAUGGCGAUCAGAUGGUCUACAAUUUGCUGCUCGAAUUUGCCGCAGGGGGAACCCUUGAUGGCCUGAUCAGGAGAUUCAAGGGCCGGGGUUUGCCGGAAUCCGAUGUCAUAAGUUACACAAGGUCAAUUCUCCGAGGGUUGAUACACAUUCACGAGUGCGAUUACGUCCACUGCGAUUUAAAGCCGGAGAAUAUUUUGCUUGUGCCUGUUGCUCAUACUGGAAGGUUUGUGGCCAAGGUUGCAGAUUUGGGAUUGGCUAAGAGAACCAAAGAGGAUGUGGGUGGAUGGAGAGGCACUCCGAGGUAUACGGACCCGGAUGCUUUGAUGGAUAACGUGCAAAAUCAGUCCUCCGAUAUCUGGUCUGUUGGUGCCAUUGUUCUAGAGAUGUUAACAGGCAGCCCCCCUUGGGAUGUGAAGCCCGGCUCCGAUCUUGAAGACUUCUUAGACAUGGUUUCUCAAGAAAUUACCCCCAAAAUUCCUCCCGGUAUCUCAAGUGCGGCAAACGAUUUUCUCAAGUGUUGCCUAGCCAUCAAUUCUUGGGAAAGGUUAACUGCUGAACAAUUGUUGUUUCAUCCUUUCAUGGCUGAGCCACAAGUAUCCGAAACAUGUCAUUCUUCUCUGGGCUAUGCCGUUGUUCCGAAAAUUCAGCCCCCAGUGGGUUUAGUAAUACCAGCCGGACUAUAGAAGCCCUCUGUUAUGUCACAAAUUUGAAGCAGAAGUUUCCCAUUAUCGACCUCAAAGCAGCAAAACUACAUCCAGGCCCAAAAUUUUGGUUAGUAUGCUGUUGUUGGGAAAGUUACCAUCGUAGUUUUUAUCUAUAAUUCUUCGCUUGCUUAGGCUAUAGAUAGCAGAGAAGUGCCGGCAGCAAGCAGAGGCACAUUAAUCACAUAGGACUAGGCGUGAAAAGAUGAUUUGAGAUGCUAUGCACCAGUAAGAGUGAAAAACAGCAAUCUGAGUACAAGGGUUAACAGUUUCUACUUUUUUUAAUUUGUAAGUCAGUUCUUUAUCUACCAAGAAUCAAAUGUAGAAUGCUUUUAUACAAGGAACUAAGAGUGUAUUUUGUGGAAUAACAGAAGAUACAUGAAGCCUCAUUAUCACAGAAUGAAAGUAUAAUUACGUUGCAGAGCAGGGCUAGAUACAGUGUUGCAAAAGAGGACGAAUAGACACCUAGAUUUUGGUAGGUCUUGCUUCUAAUUUUCUUUGGCAAGCUAGUCAUAACUCUUGUUUGUGUUUACAAAAACCCAAUUUUUGUUUUAGCUUGCUAGUUCUUGUAUUUGACUAGUGUAUGUUUGUUAUUGGUCGGGUCUUACCUAUGUCUUAAACUACCCCAAUUUUUGCGUAUUUUACUGAGAGAAGGGGAAUAUAAACUUACUUGUUCUUCACUUCAAAAAAAUAAACUUAUUUGUUCUAAAUCUUGAAAUGUUUCUAAAAUUUAAAUGCUUAUCCGCUUUUUUAAACGUGAUUUGGUUGAUUCAAAAGAUAAAAUGAGGAUCACUUGUGAUAUUUUCGUGAUGCUUAAAGCUUAAAGCUUUUGGUUCUUCCUCUGUUCCUUCCGUUGCUUCUUUUGUUUGGUGGCUCUCUAUCUGCAGUGUAGUAGGUGCCAUUUUCUCUGUUUGGCUUGCAGAUUUCAGUGGUCUUCUCUGUUUUGUUCCUUCUAGUUCAGCAUUUGAUCCUGACAUAUGGUAAAACAAUUAUUGGUCAUCACCAUAACUCUCAUCACUCUUUGGAUACAGAGAAGGCUGCUAUUCUGGAGUCCAAGAGGACUGUUACGUAUGAUCCGUAUUCCACACUAUCUUAUUGGAAUAAAGUCACUGUUAUCUGCAAUUUCACCAAUGUCAGCUGCAAUAAACUGCAUUGUCCUGCAGAACUUCUUCUGCAAGGGUUAAGAACUUGUAGGGCAGCCUUCACCUGCCAUUUCUAAAUCUAACAUUACUUCUCAACUUACUUAAUUUCUUUCGCUAGCUGAUACUUUGUUACUGACUUUUUGAC